AUGACGAAACCCAAGCUCGUAUUACGCCGUUCUCCGGAGGAACGCCGUCAGUUGCUAAAAGAGCACGCAUCAUGUAAAAGCAAACGUAUGGGGGAGGCCGUCGGUGGGGCCGCAGCGGAGGUUACGGCGGUCUGUUGCUGUUUCCCCUGUGCGCUUGUCGAUUUCAUGGUUUUGACGAUGUACAAGGUCCCGACGGGUCUGUGCAGGAAUGCUAUUCGCCGGAGGCGCAGCAGAAUGAAUCAUCGCAAUGGCGCUGGUGGCGGUGAGAGAAGGAACAUCGACGAGGAGCUGGCGAUGCAUCCGGCGGUGACUGCGGCGGCGGAGAGGUUCGUUGCGCCGGAGGUGGACAGCGACGUGGCGGCGUUGGAGAAUGAAAUGUGGGAGAAGUUUUACGAGAGUGGGUUUUGGAGAAGUUCUUCAGGGAGAAUGAAGAUGGAUAAUGUAUUCAAUGACGGCAAAAACGCCGUCGUUUGA